AAACCAGACCGCUGUGUCCCGUCGCUGCGCCGCGCCGCGCCGCGCUUCUCCACACGGAGUUAUUAACUGGAAACAACGCAAGAAGGGCUGCGGGAUUUAUCCAAGUGUAGUUUGUUUUGUUUUUGUUUUUUAACUGCAGAUGCACAGUUUUUUUUAUGGUAAACAUGCGCUCUUGGUUACGCACAGAUCUCCCACUGAUCUACUGCUCCUUUUUGGAUAUUUAAAUCUAUUGAAUGGACCGGACUGGGAUACUGUAGCCUCCAAAACGCAACGGACUACACGCGCUGCAGACCGUGAACAGGCGCUGCGGUUUCCAAGGCGACCUCAGCUAACUUUUGUGUUUGAGGAAAUAUCAACUGUGCCAACAUUUACAGAGGACAGCCCGCUCAGCGCCGCGGUGACCAUGCCCGGGAUGAUGGUGUCGCUCACCGGGAAGGUCUUCCUCCUCUUGUCCGGGCUGGUCGGUCCGCUCUGCGUGGUGCGCGCUUUCGGCGACGAGGCGGAGGAGAUGACCUGCGACCCGAUCCGGAUCAGCAUGUGCCAGGGUCUCGGGUACAACGUCACCAAGAUGCCCAAUCUGGUCGGCAACGUGCUGCAGUCGGACGCCGAGCUGCAGCUGACCACGUUCACGCCGCUCAUACAGUACGGCUGCUCCAGUCAACUCAAGUUCUUCCUGUGCUCAGUCUAUGUGCCAAUGUGCACAGACAAGGUGCCCAUCCCCAUUGGCCCAUGCGGUAGCAUGUGUCUGUCUGUCAAGAGAAAAUGCCUCCCAGUGCUCCAUGAGUUUGGCUUCAUAUGGCCUGAGGUGCUCAACUGUAGCCUUUUCCCACCUCAAAAUGACCACAACCACAUGUGUAUGGAGGGUCCAGGCGACGAGGACCCACCUUACCAGCCAGUCCGCCACCCCCCCCACCAGGAGGAGUGUCAGGCCCUGGGAUCUGCACCUGACCAGUAUACCUGGCUGAAACAGACUGAAAGCUGUACUCUCCAGUGCGGCUACGACAGCGGGCUCUACCGACGAGGGGCCAAAGUCUUCACAGACGCAUGGAUGGCAGUGUGGGCCGUGCUGUGCUUCCUGUCGACCACUCUGACGGUCUUGACCUUCCUGUUGGAUUCCCAGCGUUUCUCUUACCCAGAACGGCCCAUUAUCUUCCUGUCCAUGUGCUGCAAUCUGUACAGUGUGGCAUACCUGGUAAGGUUAACUCUGGGGAGGGAACGUGUUUCCUGUGACCUGGAUGCCACAGCUGUACCAAUUCUAGUACAGGAAGGGUUAAAGAGCACUGGAUGUGCCAUAGUCUUCCUCCUCCUCUAUUUUUUUGGCAUGGCCUCCUCACUCUGGUGGGUGAUCCUGACACUCACCUGGUUCUUGGCUGCUGGACUGAAGUGGGGCCAUGAGGCUAUUGAGAUGCACAGCUCCUACUUCCACAUAGCAGCCUGGGCCAUCCCAGCGGUUAAAACCAUCGUCAUUCUAAUAAUGAGACUAGUGGAUGCAGAUGACCUGACUGGACUCUGUUAUGUUGGCAACCAGCAGCAGGAGGCGCUCACAGGCUUUGUGGUGGCUCCACUGGCUUCAUACCUUCUCAUAGGCACCCUGUUUAUCUGUGCCGGCCUGGUGGCUCUUUUCAAGAUCCGUUCAAAUUUGCAGAAGGACGGUGCCAAAACAGACAAGCUGGAGCGUUUAAUGGUGAAGAUCGGAGUGUUUUCUGUUCUCUAUACUGUCCCGGCGUCCACUGUCAUUGGCUGUUACCUCUACCAGCUGUCUCACUGGGGGGAGUUCAGGGCCAGCACCAGGGACUCAUAUGUGGCGUCAGAGAUGCUUCGAAUCUUCAUGUCACUGCUUGUAGGAAUCACGUCAGGCAUGUGGAUCUGGUCAGCAAAGACUCUCCAUACCUGGCAACGCUGCUCUGCCCGCCUGCUCAGGGAUAGCAGGGCAAGCCGAGGGGGUAAGAGGGCACCAGGAGAGGGCUGGAUCAAACCAGGGAAAGGCAAUGAGACAGUGGUGUGAGGAGAACAAAAGAGAGAACGGACAGGAAUGGACUUCUACCUGCUUCUCUCUGACUUACAGAAAUCCGCUCUACCUAACGAAGGAUGGAGAGGUCAAUGAAUCAAGAGAUGAGAGGAAGAUGAAUAAUGUGACAAAGGACCGUAGCAGGAGAUUCUCAAGGAAGCCACUAGAUGUGAUGGAAUCAAAAAGCUUGCUGAGAGUCUAUAAAACAGGCCUCAUCCCCUCUGACUGACUCUGUGCCUCUAAUAGGAGUUAAGAAUAAGAAAUGAGGAGGACUAAGUCACAAAUAAGUAGCAACAGUAGCCUCUCUACCUCUGUUAGACUCCCUUUUCCCAGAGAGAUCAAGAAAGCAAAAAAAUGAAGGAGAAAGAGAGACGGAAAAGGCAGAACAGAAGCAUCAACAUGCAGACCAGACACAUCAAUAAGCUGUGUAGCACCAUGUCUACCUCUCUGUCUCUCUUUUCUCCAGAGCCCUCAGCAGAAGAGACUGAACCUGCUGGAUACAGUAAACCCUUAUGCCAUUGUGUGUUUUUAGGGUCUUUUGAAGUUUUAAAUUUUACACUGGAGGGUCCUUGUGCAGAUAUUACGCAGAAGUAAGCUGCCGUUUCCCAAAACUAUUUGCCUCCCUGAGAGCCCCUUCCAUAUGCAAAAAUUUAAAAGGACAAUGAAAUACUAGACCAAAAGUAAUGAAAAUCUGAAAUAUACCUAUACCUGCAGUGAGUUUACAUUUGAGCAUUAUGCUGCAUUUUUGUAAAUUAUACCUUUUUGAACAAUAUAAAAGAACAGGUAUUAUGGCUCAGAAUUUUUUGGGAAACCAGCUCUAAUCUGUAAUAAUGCACUAUAAUUAUAUAGAAUAUGUGAAGAGUCUGUGCUUGUCACAGGUGCAUUACCAGGGAUGGCAGUGAUGGAACUAAUAACAAAUCAUUACAAAGUAUAUUAAUAUGCACAGAGCCAUUAUCAGUGAAAGUUUGGUCAGUUUUCAUUAUGAAUUACACAGAAAAAACUAACUCAUGUGUUAUAUUGUUCAAACGUAAAAAACAAUUCACAAUCACUUUUCUUACAAAUAUUAUGAAAUCAAAGGCAGAUUGAGAAACAUAAUGAGAUUUUUUUUAAAAUCUGUCUUGUACAUUUAGGUAAAGUUUGUGGUUGAUAUGAAGUCAUAUUGCAAUGAAUCCUGGGAGUGCCCCAGCUGUGCCUUUUAUUGUCCCAUAAAUUUUGAAGCAGUAAGGCGUCUGGGAAAUGUAGGCCUGUGUGUUUUACCUCAGGCAUCUAUGCGAAGCGAAGCUAACCUCCAGUGACAUGUGCAGUCUUCUCGGAAAACCUGCACUGUAUAUGCCCCUUGAGUUACCAUGAAAUCCAGGGAGUUAAAUUAUUCCCUCUGCCCUCUUUUCCAAACAUCAGACUGGAGGCAGGUUAAAGAAUUAGAGGUUAAAAGACAAUCCCUUGCCAAAAGACACAUUAUGCAGUAACUAAGAUUUGUCAUAGACAAUUGCGUGUGUAGCUAUACACACAAAGGACCCAGUUCCCAUGAAUCUCAUCCACCAGCUCAUUUAUGACCAAGUUAUGACGACUAUCAGAGGGAAAAGAAGCGACAAUAAUAAGAGUGUAUCCGUCAAAUUUUGGAUGUCUGCUUUUCUUCUAAGUCUGUGUCCACGUACUUCAGUUCAAUGAGGCCAUCGCAGAAGCACAAUGAAAUUGGCUCUAUUAAUAGGCGUGUGUGUUUCUCCCUGUAUGUCUUUCUUUCUAAUGCUCUCGUUGGCCCACUACCUGACUGUUUUCUCUUUAACCUUGUCUAUUGCAUAAAGGCUCAUUUCCCAGACAAUCAAGUCAUCCCUGGAAAAGAUUAUUGUACAUUACAUUUCAGAAUUUCAUGGAUGAUCGGGAUGAGAUUUUGAUCCAGCGGCACAUUUUUGUUGAUAAUAGGCCUUUUCCACUAUUUUAAUCUUGCAGUGCUUCUCAAUAACUGUAAGCUUUAAUUACAAUAAUUUGACUCCUCAUGUCUUACUGCUGCAUUCACCAAACUCCUCAACUUCCCCUGUGUACCGUAUAUUUGCCUGACAAUCUAUAUAGCAGAGGUCUUGUAUUUCGAUGAGUCCUUGAAUGUAUAAAACGUGGGGUGUGUGUCACAUUACGCCUUGUACAUCUGAGUGAAGAAAAUUUGGUUCCGGGCAGUUUUAAUGUAUAAAGGCUCCUCCUCCUCCUGUGUCUCAUCUGAAACCAGUUAGUGCCUCACACAGCCUGUCAUACGUAUUUUUAACAAAAUAUUUAAAACAGGACAGAAAACUAUUUUUCCCAAAAUAUGUUAUAUGUUUUCUUAUUGCAUUCAAAAGAUAAUUUUGGUGGUUUCGGUGAAAGCUAGAACCCUGUGUUUCUCAAACCGGCAUACCUUGGCACACUUACUAAAUUUCCAAAGUCAAAGAAACAUUACAUUUAGUUAAAGUGAAUUAAAUUAACCUCUGACCACCUCCCCUGUGAGGUAAUGCAGUUUCCCUCUUAAACUGUCUUAAUAUUUUGGCAGUCUCCUCUCGUAUGAUCACACUGAGCUUCAGGUGACAUUUCCAAACAAUCACCGAAUAGUUGUGCCUUGAAACACGGUGAGUGUUUGCCACAGCCUAAUGAAAAUCGAGAACCACUGGUAAUACAGAUUUGUAAAUGCUUUUGAAAAGCCCAGAUAUGAAUCAAUGUUCGGGUCAGUUCACCACAACUGAUGGUAGCCAUUAAGGUCUAGACUGUUUGAUUGUGUAGAAAGCUCAAUGUCUUGAUGAAGUCAUCAAUGUAUUAUAAAGAAAAUUUCUAAUUUAUCCUUGUAAAAAAGUGACAAAAAAUUUUAAAACUUGUUUGUUAUUUAAAAACACUUUUGUAUCAGAAGAAAUGAAUAAAAACUUCUUA